UCGCCGCCCACUUGACGUAUACCUCCGUGGACCUCGAACCUCCGCACCGACCCGCUCUCACUCUGCUCGCCGCCGCUGGGUUGCGGUCACUCGGCCAUGGCCUCCAUCGUCUGCCGGGUCCAGUUCCUGGAGGACUCGGACCCGUUCAUCUGUACAAACUUCCCCGAACCUCGGAGACCUCCGACGGUGAAGGUGGAGGAGAACCUGCCGCUCAGCGAGCAGAUCCCCGGGAUCCACAAGCUGCUGGAGCCGCCGCUGAAGUUGGAGGAGUGCACUCUUCAGUUGUCUCCUAAUGGGAACUACCUGGACCUGGACUCGUCGUUGUCGGAGCAGAGAGACGAGCUGGAGAGUUUCUACGAAGACGUGAAAAAAGGAAAGAAGCCGAUUCUGAUCCUGAGGACUCAGCUCUCUGUUCGUGUUCACUCCAUCCUCGGAGGGAGGAAUUUCACAGACUCUCAGCUGGUGUGUGUUUGUGAUCCAGGGAUGUUCCGUCCUCAGUCCUCUCAGCUGUUGCUGCGUUUGGCCGCCGUCUAUCUUGGGUCAAAGUUUGUGGACGACUCGAGCUCGGAGAGGAAACAACAGUUUGGUGCCCUCCACCUUUAAGCUUCUGUCAGGAGGUGAAUCACAGGCACCAGGAAAGAGCCUGGAUUCUCCUCCUGACCCCCACUGUAUGUGGCAGUGUCGUUAUUUGACACCCAUCAGU